GCCCCCAGGGAAGCUCAUCCUGCAGUACGCAGCCUCAACUAGUGAGGCUACUCGUGCUCAGACUACACUUCCCCCAAGGACUCACCCUGUCGGCGGUCUGACCCGACGACACAGCCGAUUGAUCUGAGAUGGGUUAGUCUCGACCUCCCGUUUUGGUGGAAAUCCAGGCCAAAGAGGCGUGUUGCCCAGCCUUGGUGACACACUGCACCAAGGGGGGCUCAACCUCCAGGAUUCCUUCAUCCCACCUUACGGGUCUCCACGCACGGCACAAACACGCGGGAGCUUGUCCGCGGGGCUGUUUUGACGACCCCACACCAGGGGUUUAAUCCCGGGGGGGCACGUUUAUUUCCAGCCCUCCUCUACUGAACCGCCUUCGCGGCCGUCUAAGCCGACAACCACCAAGGCAUGUCCAGGCAAGACGAGCCUCAGCCCUAACCUACAUAUCUGGAGAAGGGAAAAAUCCAGGUCGGACUUCCACCACCCCCAAGAGUGUUUAGUUCCCGGGGGCAUAUCCGCCCUCCCCAGACCCCCCUUCCCCAGACAAUGCCGGUCUCCCCCUAUCCGCAACACUGGGGACGCGCCUGAUAGGUAACUCAACCCACAGGAGGAGGAAGGCCCCUUUUCCAAGACCCUUUUCGGGGGCCCUUUUCUGAAAGCCCGCUUCAGAAAGCCUUCCCCGUAGGCUCCUUUCCGCAGACUUCUUUUCUUAUGCCCCUUUGCGAAGGUUUUUUUCGAGGGCUCCGUUCUACAUCUCCUUUUUGGAGCUACUUUUUUUUCCUCAUCCUUUUUAAAGCUUUUUUCUUUCUGUUGAUAAUAAUUUCGAAGGUCCUUUUACAAACGCCGUUCUCCGAAGAUCCUCUUCAGAGGACUCUUCCGAAAACCCUCUUCCGAAGGCCUUUUUCCGAAAAUUCCUCUUCCAAAGGCCCAUUCCCGAAGGCUCCUUUUCGAAGAUUCCUUUUCGAGGACUACUUUUGAAGAUUACGUUUCGAAGGCUUUUUUCGCGACUCCUGUUCGCAACGUUCUUGUAAUGUUUGCGACCUUGGAAGUAUUUUUUUGUUAAGGUAGAUUUAUUUCAAGUGCGGAGCUUUCAUUAUCUAUGUGAUCCAACGCAAACUGACCUCAGUAUAAACAACAAAGAAUGUCAGAAAAAGCAGCCGCCAGCACCAAUAACCUAGUCGAGGAGCCCAACUAUGGCGAGGCCAAAAAACUUCCACAAUACGUUGCAGCCUUGUCAGUGUGUAUGGGUUCGGUAGCCGCUGGCACAGUCCUUGGAUGGACUGGCAACAUCACCAAACUAAACCUAGCCUCCGGCGACUUGAACGACAUCCUUGUAGAUCCAGACGUAGAUUAUGGAUGGAUUGGUUCCUUCAUGACUCUCGGAGCCAUGCUCAUGUGCAUCCCCAUCGGUUUCUUAUGUGAUCUGAUCGGUCGGAAGUACGCCAUGCUGCUAUCCAUCCUGCCCUUCACCCUUGGUUGGUUGCUCAUGAUCUUCGCAAACAGCACAGGCAUGAUUUUCGCAGGGAGAUUCAUAACGGGGUUAGCUGGAGGUUCCUUCUGUGUUUCGGCACCUCUAUACACCAGCGAAAUCGCCCAAAAAGAAAUCAGAGGAGCGCUAGGAAGCUACUUCCAGUUGCUGUUGACCGUUGGCAUUCUCUUCGCUUACAUUCUGGGAGCCAUCAGCAGCCCCCAAAUCGUGUCAGUGGUUUGUGCCAUCGUCCCGCUUUUCUUCGGAGUGGUCUUCUUCCUCCAACCAGAAACCCCUGUGUAUCUUCUGAAGAAAGGCAAAGACGCAGAAGCAACUCAAGCGCUGAGGAGGCUUCGAGGAAACAACUACGACGUGAAUGGAGAAAUCCAGGAAAUAAAAGAUUCAAUACAGCAGGCAAAAAGCAUGAACACUUCUCUCAAAGAAUCUUUCAAGAAGAAAGCCACCAAGAAGUCUCUUCUGAUUUGCUUCAGUUUGAUGUUCUUCCAGCAGUUUGGAGGAAUCAACGCUGUGAUUUUCUACGUCGGAGAUAUUUUCGACGCCGCUAACACUUCUUUGUCGUCUUCUUACGCCACAAUCAUCGUUGGUGUGAUGCAAGUGGUUGCGACUUUUGUUGCUUCACUGGUCAUCGACAAGUUCGGACGAAAAAUUCUUCUGAUUAUAUCGGAUCUGGUUAUGGCUCUUUCUGGAAUUGUUCUUGCCAUUUAUUUCACUCUCAAAGACCGGGAGCUUAUUUCGAAAGAAGAGGUUAACAAUAUUGCAUUUUUGCCCAUUCUAGCUGUUUGUAUAUUUAUUAUUGUUUUCUCGCUGGGUUUCGGACCCAUUCCAUGGAUGAUCUCGGCGGAGCUUUUGCCCCCGGAAAUUAAAAGUAACGCCAGUUCGUUAGCUGCAACUUUCAACUGGCUGCUGGCUUUCAUUGUUACUAAAUUUUAUGGUGAUUUGACCAAGGCGAUUUCUACUGAUGUUACUUUUUACAUUUUUUCUGUGAUUUCGUUGAUAGGGACAGUUUUUAUUAUUUUCGUAGUUCCGGAGACCAAGGGCAAGACGCUGGAUGAGAUCCAGAGGGAGUUGAAUGGAGAGUCACCGGAUAGACAAGGAAUAGAUAAUAGAGGAUUUACUAGUUAGUCUGUUUGUCUAGUUGAAUAGGUUUUUAAACUCAAUAGAUGUACAUUUUAACUGCUAUUUAAGUGUUUUAGAUAUAUAAGUUGUUGAUAUUCAUUAAGUUGUUUAUUUUUAUGAUUUUGUAACACAAUGGCUACGACUAUGUUGUGUAACUUCUAGUCACAUUUGGUCCGGGAAACAACAUAAGCAAUAAAUUUAUUGUAUGGAGAAAUUUUAUAUUUAAUACAAACAUUUAACUGAGAAUAAACUAAUUUAUUAUAA